AUGGCAGAAACAACCGAAACUUGUGGUAAGACAACUGAAGAGAUGGGUUGUAUAGACCGAAUCAGUGCUUUACCGCCUACACUUGAGUACAAAGAAAAAGAAAACAGAGAUGAUGAUAGUGAUGAUGAUGAUGAUGAUGAUGAUAGUGAUGAUGAUGAUGAUGGUGGUGGUAUAGUGAUGCUGCUGCUGCUGAUAAUGACGAUGCUGCUGCUGUUGAUGAGAGCAAGAAAAGCGAUUGGUGGUUUCUUAACAAGUCAAUGGAACUCCAUAAGGAACCUAUUUUAG